AUGUGCUUCAGUCCCAGCAUGCCGGGCUUUAGCCUUGUGCUGACAGCUCUGCUAUGGCAUGCCUGGGUGGCCCUGGCCAGCCGCGAUAGUUGGACCACGCUGCCGGGGGCCCCGCGCUUCCGAUACGCCAUCUACGGAAUGGCCACACAGCCACCAGCUGGACCGAGCUACCUCCUCACGAGCCGAGGUCUCUUCCGUGUGGACGUGGAGGGAUCGGACGCUUCCAUGGUGAAGGUCUGGAACGCAACGACGAAUUUCGGCAGCGGCGGCGAGUUGUCCAUGGGCGAGACGGGCCUCAUGCUUGUCACCAAGUUCGGCCUCCGCAGGUAUGCCUGGUAUCGCCGAAACAGCACGAGCGACUGGGAGUCCCUCAUAGGCGUCUGGAACAAGAACGAGGAGUUCCCAGCUGCUGACGAAGUGGGUGCCUACCCCGAGACCUUCAGCGACAACCGCUACCAAGGUUACGCCCAUCCCUGGCGUGCUGGCCCAGACGGUAGAAUUUAUGUGAUGCUCAAGCGGAGAGCAGAGUGGCCGGCGCCGGAUCAGAUUCCCGAGUCGGGAACCCGCGACAGGUAUGCCAUCUGGAGUUACGAUCUUGACGAUGGAGUGUGGAGGAGAGCGACUCCGGACUUGCCGAACUUCCGUGGCAAGACGCUGAAGACCUACACCCGAGGCUGCCCCAACUGCCAGGGAGUCUCCGGAUUCAACGGCACCGUGGCCUCCUGGAGCGGGAAGCAGCAGGUCAAGUACGGGAACGGCAAGCUCUGCGGGGCGGAUCAAGAUCCCGAGGUGAAGCCUCAGUGUUGGAAGCCGCAAGGCUUCAGCCUCCCGACCUGGGGCGGCAAUCAUACCCGCGGCCUCUACCUGCGCGCUUGCCAUGGGGAGGUCCGGGUGGAGCGCUUCGUGCUCGCCACCGUAGACAACUUGACUGGGGACAUUCUGGACUCCCUGCCAGUGAGCGAUUUCGUGGAUGGGACCUGGCAGGAAGUUGCCGGCGAGCCGUUGGUGAUCGAUCCAUCUAUGGCCACGCAGCUUGUCCCCACCAACGGCAAAAGCGAAGAGAGCACGGUUCGGACGACCGCAGGCGGCAUCAUCUUCAAUGGCACCUUCGAAGUGAGGGGGACUCAGCAGAAUGCCGCCACCGAAGCGGCGCACGCAGAGUACAAGGUCCGUUUCCAGCCCAUCGAGAAGGCCAAUGCCGCCUGUUCGCAGGGUCUCGUCGAGAAGCGCUACGUGUACCUGAAGGCACAGUCCCUGGGCACGCCUCGACCACACGUCUGGCGCCACUGCGUGGACGUGCUGACAACAGGCUACUUCAACCAGUGGCACCCCCGCUUCGAGUUCACCCGACGCCCCGACGGGAGCCUCAGCUUCUAUGCUGGGAACACGGGUGUGGACAGCGUCUCGCGCUGUGACGAUUCUCCCGAAGCACAGCCUGACACUGGCAUCGUGCUGCUGGAGGAUGGGGUCUGGCGAGGGCUGACAGGGCCGGACACCAAGUACCGCAAGGAGGGCUUCACUUGCGGCUGGGGCCAGUCCAAGAUCUACGUCUCCGCGGACCGGAGGACCCUCUUCUCUACCGGCGGCUCAGGUCAAUACUACUCCUUUGACGAAGAGAAGGGCUGGUGGCUGCCUCUGGAUGAAGCCAGCUACGGAGAUGCACGAGGCUUCUUCACACAGCUCACGCAGCAGCGGAGUGAGCCGAAUCUCGUCCACGCCGAUGGCUCUGGGGACGAAGCCACAGACCCAGGCAUCUACCACCUGCCCAAACCGAUCGACCAGGCCGACUGUAGUGACCUGGGACGUGCCCUUGCUGGCUUUGCCGCAUCCCACAGACAGCAGCAAGACCUGGGAAACGAAGAACGAACCGUCGCGGAAGCCUUGGCCGAGAAGAAGCCCAAGCCACUCCGGCGCGGACACGUGUGGCAUGCUUUUGAUGAGUCGCGCCUGGCCCGCAAGACUUUGCCCAUGCACUUGGCCACCUACCAUCCGUUCAAUUCGCAGUGCCAAAGUGAAUCUGUUGUCAGCGCCUUCCUCCUGGAAAAUGCCUCGCAGAUUGUGACCUGCGGUCGCUUCCCGUCUAUGGCAGAACCGGACCAGGUCGUGUGGCUAAGCAGCAGCACAGGGGAAAGGCUGCGCACUGCGAGCCUGCCCGGCAAGGCCAGCAGCUGCGGGGAAAUUCCAGGCGGCGGCCCUGUGAACCUCUUCGUGGCCGGGGACUUCGGAUUGGUUGGUAUCGGCGAGGACGGCGAGGCUUGGGCCGCUCCUGUAACAGAGGUCGUCGCGACGUCCGCCGUUCGUGGCGGCCGCGUGGCCGUCGUCACCUCCAACAAGACCGUGGCUGUCUUCUCAGCUUCAUCCGGGGCGCUGGUGGCCCAGCGCAGCUUCGGCUACAGCUACGUGACUGCUGUGGAGCUGUUCACGGACGGUCGAGUGGCAGUUGGAGCUUACACCAACAACAGAGCCACCAAUGCUGUUCAGAUAGCCCGGAUGGAGAUCUACAGCGCAGAUCUCCAGGAGCGUCUCACGCAGACCUGGGGCAUGUUUACCGCCAGGCAGCUGGACGAUGCCCACAACAUGGCGGACACCAGGGUGUAUGGCUUGGUCCUCGACGACAUCGAGGAGCAUGUCUACGUGGCCGGCGAGUCUGCUGGGGGUAACACGAUCUUCCGCUGGAACGGCCAGGACCUUUCCACGAACAGUGCACGCGACACCGGGACGCCAAUGUGGAUGGCCAAGUCGGAUGCGCAUGUGGGCUAUGUUGGCCGUGUCCGGGCGAGCGAUGGAGUAGUUGUGGGAGGCACUUUCAUCGCGCCCAUCCUACGCUCGGCCCAGCGCCUCAACACCUUUCGAAUGAAAGGUAGCGCCUUGCAGUUCGAUGCCGAGAGCAACUCUCUGUAUGUCAUGGGAACCUCCACAUGCUGCAUCCCGGGCCGGACCGCCUUCACCUUGGCGGGGCAGAGGGUGGACGGCGGCGACCCGGCAGGCUAUGCCGGAAGCGACCCCAGCCUUGUAGCGUUCGACUCGGAGCUGAGGCAACGCCGGGCCUGGACGACAUUCAGCAGCUGGAGAAACAAGGGCACCCCUGCAGGCCUUUCGAUCCAGAAUGGCAUUAUGACUAUUGCCGUCACAACUCACGGAGGCCAGGCCAUCACCACGCCGAACGCGCUCUUCCCGAACGCCUCCGAAGCAGAGGAUCACUCCUGCGAUGUGCCGGAGGACACAAAGCUCACGGAUGUUUGGCUGGCCGUUUUGCCUUCCUUGCCACCGGUCGGAACGCCCAAGUUUCCCACAGACCGCCAGAGGCGGACAUUGGUCGGCCGACUCCGCUUGCGUGUGCGCUCUGCAGAGACCUUCGUGGACGACGCCGCCACGCGAAGAGGGCUCCGCCGCGGGGUGGCCCGAGCCCUUCAGGUGCCCGAGGAGAACGUGAACAUCACCAGCGUCAGCGUUGUGCCGGUUGGGGGUCGGAGGCUGUCCAGCCUGGGAGAGCUGCUCGUUGAAUACACGGUGACCGAGACGGAUGAGUCACCCCUGGACACAGCAGCACUGGAAGAAAUGGUGCAGGAGGUCGAGGCCAACUCCACCGCCGUCCUCGGGGAGCUGGUCUCUGCCAUAGCAGAGCUGGCCCCUGAGUUCGCGACCUCCAUCGAGGAAGUGGAUAUAACAGCGUACAGUGCUGAGAGCUCGCUGACUUCUUCAAGGGGUCCGCAGACCGAACCUUCCACCACCAUCUUCUCGAAUUCUACCUCGGAGGAGUUGCUCUCAGCAGAUGUCACGGAGAGCACCACCACAUUUCAGGCUGAAAUGGACGCUCUUAGCUCCUCCAGCCAGCAGCACGGAGCCUUUUUUUGGAUGGCUCUUUUCGCAAUGGUGUACCAUGCCAAAUGGCGAUGA